AUGCCAGCGGCAACGAAGGCGGCGGUGGACGAGUUGGAUGAGGAGGGGUCGGCAUUCUCCAUGGGGCAUGAAUCUCAGUCUAUCAGUGGUAUUCCCACACCUAAAGGAGGAGCUAAUGUCUGUUCGCUAACAUUUAUGUAUAACCGUAAUUAUUGUACGGCGACGGACGCAAGAUCUGUUGAGAGCAUUGUCGCUGGAUUUGGCAGCAUUCCAGAGAAGCUGAAGCCGGAGCGAGAAUUCUGUAUCGUUUCUCGUUUGUCAACAACCUGCUUUUGCUCCGGUUCUUGUAAUAAAGUGCAAAUGAAAUCAAUUGUGAAUGCCCUGCAGAAAUCACGUACAGGAAACUACAACCCCGCUUAUUUCCGUUACGACAAUUCGUUCAUCAUUGUUAGCAGAAGGAAGAGAAUUAAAAUUAUUGACUGUUUGAUUAAUGAAUUUGGAUCUAACAGAAGCAGAACAGAUAGGAACGUUAACACAAAGGUGUUGAACUUAAGAAUCGUUAGAAAACGACAAGCGCAAAACGGUGGCAAAAACAAUGAGAAGGAGGAGGAAGAAAAGGAUGAAGCAGAUGACAACGAUGGAGGAAAAUCGCUCUUGUAUAAGAUUACAAUAGCUGGUGGACUGUCACCAUUACUCAUGGUAGUAAUAGCCUUCUGCGUACUCAAUACUAUGGAGAAAAAAAGGGCAGCAUUGCUUCAAGGAGGUGAAGUCGUCGCUGAGGGUGAAGGUGUUCCAGGCGAAGGUGAACCGCAAGGAGAAGAAGUGACGCCGGGAACACCAGGAGGUUCCAUCGAUACACCACAAGUGCAAGAAUCCUCCGAUACUCCACAAGUGCAAGGAUCCUCCGAUACUCCACAAGUGCAUGAAUCCGCCGAGACUCCGCUAGUGCCGGGAUCCGCAGAAAGUGUGCCUGCAAAAAAGACGGCAGAGCCUGUUAAAAAGACGCCGGUCCCUAAGCGAAAGUUCGGCCUGAGAAAGCCACAGUUCAAGAAGACGAAAACGGCAGCGUCAAGACCAACGAAAGGCCGGAAGCCAGCGAAAAAAAUUGCCAGACCAGUUAGGAAACCUCCUCCAAGACAGAAAACUCCAGCUCGUCCACCUGCUCGAAAGAAGAGGUGA